GCCGUCAAGAACGUCGCGUGUUGCGUCAAAAAUGACAAGAUUCCAAAUGGAAAACAAUGGCGAGCAGAUAAAAAAGUUCGUUUUCGGCAAGCAAAACACGACGGAACCUGCUGAAAAGCUAGAAAUUGUAAUCCCCGAGCUCCUUCUACCGGGAUAUUCGUUCUACACCUGGCCAUCGGCACCGAUUCUGGCGUGGUUCCUGUGGGAACGUCGACUGUCGCUGAUCAACAAGCGGGUUCUGGAGUUGGGUGCGGGCACCGCUCUGCCGGGGAUUCUUGCGGCCAAGUGUGGCGCCCACGUAACGCUCAGCGAUUGCACGACCCUCCCGAAGACGCUGCAACACAUCCAACGGUGCUGCCGGUUGAACGGUCUCGCUCCGGGCAAGGACAUCGAAGUCAUCGGCCUCACGUGGGGCCUGUUCUUGGACCAGAUCUUCCAGCUGGGUCCCGUUGAUCUGAUUCUCGGGUCGGACAUCUUCUACGAUCCGUCGGUUUUCGAGGAAAUCCUCGUGACGGUGUCGUUCCUGCUGGAAGCCAACCCCCAGGCCAAGUUCCUGUUUGCGUACCAGGAACGCAGCGCCGACUGGUGCAUCGAAACCCUGCUCAAGAAGUGGAACCUGUCCUGCAACGUGAUCAGCUUGGACAAUCUCAGUGCCGAGCUGGGCGUCGAUCCGCAGGAGUUGAUGGGCAAUCACACCAUCCACUUGCUGGAAGUUACGCGACGAUCUUGAAGCAAGAAGCCAAGCCAUAGCCAUGUCUUCGCCGGGAGCCGCCACGGCCUUUGCCCGCGGGGUGCAGAAACUCUUCAUCGGCAAUCUGCCGUGGACCGUUAGUACAAAGGAGCUGCAGGGAUACUUUUCCAAGUUUGGCCACGUUCAGUCGUCGAACGUGAUUUACGAUAAAACCACCGGACUGAGCCGCGGUUACGGCUUCAUUGUGUUCAGUACCCGCGAUGGGUACGCAAACGCGACCAACAAGCCGUACCACACGCUGGAGGGGCGGCUGCUGGACGUGCAGCCGGCGGCGUCGUGAGAUUAUGUAAUCAUGUAAUGUUAUGUAGAAGUUGAACGGGACAAUAUAUAGUAAGUUUUAGAAAAAUA